GUUUCUGGGCGGGAGUUGAUUCCGGUGAGGGUUUGCCAAAAGUGCCUUCUUCUUAGCUCGUUUCACCCUUUCAUUCCGAGUUUGUUUUUCUUCAAAGUCCAAUACUCCUUUGGUAAAGGCUGUUCUCCAACUGGUGCGUUCACAGGCCAGUGUUUCCCAGUUGUCGGUGUUUAUACUACUUUUUAAAGAUUUGCCUUGAGACAGUCUUUAAACCUCUUUUGUUGACCACCAGCAUUACGCUUUCCAUUUUUAAGCUCGGAAUAGAGUAGUUGCUUUGGAAGAUGAUAAUUAGGCAUCCGCACAACAUGACCAGUCCAGCGCAGAUGAUGUUGAAGUAUCAUUGCUUUGACACUGGUGAUUGUUCCUUCUUCCAGUACACUGGCAUUAGUUCACUUGUCUUCCCAGGUGAUGUGUAAAAAUUUUCUGAGACACUGUUGAUGGAAGCUUUACAGAAGUUGGAGAUGGCAUUUAUAAGUGUUCCAUGUUUCACAAGCAGACAACAAAAAUGACAGUCCAAAUUCCUCAUUCAUCAGUUGCAGUUCUGACUUCAUUCAUUGACUGAAAACACCGAAAGGCAGGAGCAACCAGGCUGACUCAUCUCACAGAAAUCCCUUAAGGACUUUUCUAGCACCUCUAAUUUGGACAGACAAAACUUGGCAGAAGAAAAAACAGAUUCUUUCUGAUCCCUUGGAGGUUUCUUGAGAGCACAGGUGGAUGAGCAAGACUCAGCUGACCCUGGAGGAGGAAGAGGCAAUUUCAUCCUAAUGGGGAGCAGCAGGGGAUUCUGGGAAAACUCUGUGCAGAUCCUGGGUGAGGAGGACACCCUUCGCUCUGAUGUGCAGAGCCAGCAGUUCUGCUACCAAGAGGUCAAAGGUCCCCGAGAGUUUUGCAGUCGACUAUACCACUUUGACCGUCAAUGGCUAAAGCCAGAAAGGCACACGAAAGCUGAGAUGCUCGACCUGGUGAUCUUGGAGCAGUUCCUGGCUGUCCUUCCACCGGAGAUGGAGAGCUGGGUGAGGGAAUGUGGAGCAAAGACCAGUGCCCAGGCAGUGGCCCUGGCCGAAGGUUUCCUCCUGAGUCAGGCAGCGGAGAGAAAGGAGGCAGAACAGCAGGGAAAUUAUCUGUUUGCAGAAAUGGGCACGGAUUCCUCUGAAGCAGAGAGGACUCUGUUGGAUACCAGAGAGAAGCCCCUGGGUGACAGAAAGACAUCAGUGAAACCUCAUCCAUAUUUUCAUGGCAACGGAGGGGAAGCGGCAGCUGUGGAACCAGAUCAGGGUCCGGUGUGCUUUGAAGAUGUCGCUGUUUGUUUCACAGACGAGGAAUGGGCAUUGCUGGAUUCUGACCAGAGAGCUUUACAUAAGGAAGUCAUGGAGGAGAAUCGUGGGAUCAUGGACUCACUUGGUGGUGAUAAAUUAGAAACGAUCAAGGGAGACCAUGGCAGAAUCCACACAAUGAAGAAGCCACAUAAAUAUUCGGAGUGUGGGGAGAGAUUCCGUCAGAGCUCUCAUUCCACUUCCCAUCAAAUAAAUCCCACUGGGAAGAAAUCCUAUCAGUGCUUAGAAUGUGGAAAAAGCUUUGGUCGGAAACGAACUCUCACAGCCCAUCACAGAGUCCACACUGGGGAGAAACCGUAUCAGUGCUUGGAAUGUGGAAAGAGCUUCAGUCACAACAGCAAUCUCACUUCCCAUCAAAGAAUUCAUACCGGGGAGAAACCCUAUCAGUGCUUGGAAUGUGGAAAGAGCUUCACUCAGUGCGCAACUUUCACUUCCCAUCAAAGAAUUCAUACUGGAGAGAAACCGUAUCAGUGCUUGGAAUGUGGAAAGAGCUUCCGUCACAGCACCGCUCUCACUUCCCAUCAAAGAAUUCACACUGGGGAGAAACCCUAUCAGUGCUUGGAAUGUGGAAAGAGCUUAAGCAAGAGCUCUGCUCUCACUUCCCAUCAAAGAAUUCAUACAGGGGAGAAACCCUAUCAGUGCUUGGAAUGUGGAAAGAGUUUCCGUCACAGCACCGCUCUCACUACACAUCAAGUAAUUCAUACCGGGAAGAAGCCCUAUCAGUGCUUGGAAUGUGGAAAGAGCUUUGGUCAGAAGGGAAAACUCACUUUACAUCAAAGAAUUCAUACUGGGGAGAAACCCUUUGAAUGCCAAGAGUGUGGAAAGAGCUUUAGUAAGAGCAACCAUCUCACUUCCCAUCAUAGAAUUCAUACAGGGGAGAAACCUUACGAGUGCUUGGAAUGUGGAAAGAGCUUCACUCGGAAAGAAAGUCUCGCUUCCCAUCAAAGAACACACAGCGAGGAGAAACCCUAUCAGUGCUUGGAAUGUGGAAAGAGUUUCAGUCGAAAGGAAACACUCACUUUCCAUCAAAGAAUUCAUACUGGAGAGAAACCAUAUCAGUGCAUGGAAUGUGGAAAGAGUUUCAGUCACAGAGCUAAUUUCAUGGCCCAUCAAAGAACUCACAGCGGGGAGAAACCAUAUCAAUGCUUAGAAUGUGGAAAGAGCUUCCGUUACAGCAGCAACCUCACUGUCCAUCAAAGAACUCACAGCAUGGAGAAACCAUAUCAAUGCUUGCAAUGUGGGAAGAGCUUCCAUCAGAGCAGCGCCCUCACUUCCCAUCAAACAAUUCACAGUGGGGAGAAACCAUAUCAGUGUUUGGAAUGUGGAAAGAGCUUCAAUCACAGCAGCACUCUCACUUACCAUCAGACAACUCACAGAAGAGAGAAACCAUUUAAAUGCCAAGAGUGUGGAAAGAGUUUCAGUCAUAAGGAAAGUCUCACUUCCCAUCAAAUAAUUCAUACAGGGGGGAAACCCUAUCAAUGCUUUGAAUGUGGAAAGAGCUUCAGUCACAGAACAACUCUCACGGCCCAUCAAAGAAUUCAUACCGGGGAGAAACCUUUUCAGUGCCAAGAGUGUGGAAAGAGCUUCCGUCAAAGAUCAUCUCUCACUACCCAUCAAAGAACUCACAGUGGAGAGAAACCAUAUCUGUGCUUGGAAUGUGGAAAGAGCUUUAGACACAGUCGCACUCUCACUUCCCACCAAAGAAUUCACAGUGGAGAGAGACCAUAUCAGUGCUUCAAAUAUGGAAUGAGCUUCACUGGCAGUGACAACCUCACUUCCCAUCAAAUUCCCAAUGGGGAGAAACCAUAGCAGUUGCUGUUUACAAAUUUAAAUAUAUGAAACUUUAAUUAGUAGGUGGGUGAGUAUUGCUACGGUGUUCGUAUUAUCUAACAUUUCUUCAUACUACAUGCCCACAUCUGUGAGGUGCAAGUCAUUGGCCGAGGUGUUGGAAUACCUUCUUCACAUCACACCUGGGGAAGAGAGUCAUGCAUGAUUUGGCAACACUGAUGAGGUUGCCUUCAAUCAGUGCCAUCUAGUUGUGUACUGAAUUGACCCUCCCUCCUGUCAAUAUCAAUAUUGCCUUACAAAACUCAGAACCCCAGAAAUGUGGGUGGAGUUGUGUAAACGUGUGUUUACACAAUAACAGUUUGACAAACAGUUGUGAGCCCUACAUUGAAAUCCCCUAGGUUUGAUCUUACCUUAAAGCCUCCUGCAGCAGAGUUUAAUAGUUUGAUAAAAGGGAUAUAAUAGCAGGGAUAAAAGGCUGUGAAGCCUAUAUUAGGAAUCCUUUCUGGGCACUUGGGAUUUGCUACCCCGCCUCUUCCCUUUUUACUAAUAAUAAGAUCAGGCUUUCAAGUAAGCAUAAAAGUUUUACCUACAAUAAAUCUAGUGUUCUUCAAAUCAGUAUGAAUGUAAACAAAGGCACAGCACAUCUUAGAUUAAAAAUUACAGAAGUUAAGAUGAAGAUCCUUUAUGUGAGCCUGCAGAGUAGCCACACGUCCUUCCAGGUUGAGAGCAUGGUAAGCAAGAGAAAGAAAAAAUUGUAAAAGACAAAUAGACCUUUUUACUCCUGCCCUUGGAGAGAAGAGGGAUCAACACCAAUCUGAGCCUUGUAGCCUUCUCUAAGAUGUAAAGACUGCGGUUCUUAACCCCUUGCUUACUGGCAAUCUAUUCACAAUUGUAUUUGUCUGCAUUAAACUUCACACAAUAAAUACA